GAGUACGCUCAUGUCUAUAUAUAUUAGGGUUCUCUUCCCAGCUUAUUCCCCUUCUCCUAAAUUCGUAAUUACUUUACUUUGAUUAACAGAUCUUAGAGGAAGCCAUGAGUAGAGGUGGAAGCUAUGGUGGCGGGCAAAGUUCCUUGGGCUAUCUGUUUGGCUCUGAUGAGAAACCGAGCGCUUCUCCUCCCACACGAACAGUCGACCCACCUCCAUAUGGCAUCGAUACGAACACGGAUCAUCAGAAGCCUCCCAACGCUCCUUCUCCUACAGAGAAAGAAAAAGUGUCAAACAACUAUCACCGAGCUCAAGGCCAAAACACAGGAAACUUCAUAACUGAUCGUCCGUCAACAAAAGUCAAAUCCGUUCCUGGUGGGGAUUCAUCUCUCGGUUACUUGUUUGGAGAUAAGUAAUAUUCCUCUCUCCGAACUGAUCUAGCAGCUCUAAUAUGGGAUAUUUUGGAGUAGCUCUUAUCUGGGUUUUGAAUAAUAUGUAAAAUAAAGGAUUCAGUUCCAAAGAAGGGUUGGGUUUGCAAGGUUCCUAAUUAAUUUGUGUCUGGUGUUUGAUUUUCUUACAGACGUACGGUGUGUAAUGAUAUGCAAAUAGGUCAGCCAAUAUUAUAUAUGGAAUUAGUAGUGUGCUUGAUUUAAUAAGAAGGAAGUUAGUAUAAGUGUGUGAAUUAAUCCCAUAUAUUUUAAUGAAAAUCUAUAUACUGAAGUUUGCUGAUCA